GGGGAGGCGGACGGCGGCCUGCGCGGGGCACCCCCGGGGACCUGAAGCGCGACAGAGAGUCGGCGCGCUCGGGACUCGCGCCUGCCGAGCUCUCGCUUCCGCGGAGGCUGCGUCUGGUUCUCGGCGAAGGGACGAGGCCACGCGGCCUAAGUGGCCGAGUCGGCGGAACCCACCGGUCGCUGGGCCCAGAGCCCCGCCGCAGCCCACAGCGCCCAGCCCUCCUUACAGCCUGGAAAAAAUGACAGAUCUCGUAGCUGUUUGGGAUGUUGCUUUAAGUGAUGGAGUCCAUAAGAUUGAAUUCGAACAUGGGACCACAUCAGGCAAACGAGUGGUAUAUGUAGAUGGAAAGGAAGAGAUAAGAAAAGAAUGGAUGUUCAAAUUAGUGGGCAAAGAAACCUUCUGUGUUGGAGCUGCAAAGAUGAAAGCAACCAUAAAUAUAGAUGCUGUCAGUGGUUUUGCUUAUGAAUAUACUCUGGAAAUUAAUGGGAAAAGUCUCAAGAAGUAUAUGGAGAACAGAUCAAAAACCACCAAUACUUGGGUAUUACAUUUGGAUGGUGAGGACUUUAGAGUUGUGCUGGAAAAAGACACUAUGGAUGUAUGGUGCAAUGGUAAAAAAAUGGAGACAGCAGGUGAGUUUGUAGAUGACGGGACUGAAACUCACUUCAGUAUUGGGAACCAUGACUGUUACAUAAAGGCUGUCAGUAGUGGGAAGCGGAAAGAAGGGAUUAUUCAUACUCUCAUUGUGGAUAAUAGAGAAAUCCCGGAGAUUCCUGAAUGACUUCAUGUUAAUGAAUUUUAAUCUUAAGAAGUAAAGGUCAGGACUUUUAAAUUACUGUGGUGAUUAAAUAUGUUCAGUAUGUACUUUUCAGUACAUCUAGUCGCCAUGUUUUUAUUUUUUAGUUACUUGAAACUGUAAUGUUCCAAAGGUCAGGAAGAAAAAAUUAUGUAUCAUAAAUAUUGCAAUUUAUUUUGUAAAUAAUGUAAAAUGUUUUAACGUCAAAUGGAAAAU